AUCUGUAACAAUCGGUCACACUGACAAACCGGAGAAAAUUUUAUUUCAGCAUUUUGUGCGAGACGCAUUUUACAUAUAUAUUUGUAAUAGUAUAGACAGAACAUACGAGAACUUAAACGAAAUUUUUGAAAAAUGGCCGCGCCAAUGCAACACGAAGAUUUGCUUAAGCUGAAAGGAUUCAUUGAUUUUGUCAAUACAAAUCCCACGGUGUUGAACAUGCCCCAAUUGCAAUUUGUCAAAGAUUUUGUUGAAAAGUUUGGUGGUAAGGUGCCCGAGGGAAACUUCAAGAUGCCGGAAACUGGAAGUAAAUGUCCCUUUGGCGGUGAUGCCGGGGCCAAGGCAAAGCCAACCGAAACGGCAGCCGGAGCCGAUGCAGAUGAUUCGGAUAAAAGCGAUGAGGCUGCAAGCGCUUCGGAGCCAGAGUCUGAUGUGGAAUUGGAUAUGGAAGGCGUCAUUGAAGCCGACAACGAACCGGCUCAGCCGAUGGGCGAUUCAAACAAAGAACCCACUGAGGAGGAAAUGGAUCAGGCUGGCGAGCUGCGCGGCCAGGCAGCCGCCGCGUAUAGCGAACAGAAAUUCGACGAAGCCAUCAGCUUCUAUACUAAAGCCAUUGAGCUGAACCCGGGGAAUGCGCUAUUCUAUGCCAAGCGCGGCCAAGCCUUCCUCAAGUUGAAAAAGCCGAAUGCAUGCAUACGCGACUGUGACAAGGCCUUGGAGCUAAACUGUGACUCGGCUGCGGCGUACAAGUUCCGUGGACGCGCUAAUCGUCUGCUUGGCAAGUUUGAGGAGGCAGCCAAGGAUUUGCGUCAGGCGUGCAAGCUUGAUUUUGACGAGGAGGCCGACGAGUGGCUGCGUGAAGUGACUCCCAAUGCCAAGAAGAUUGAACAACAUCGCAUUAAGCAGGAGCGCAAGCAGGCUGAGCGCAAAAUCAAGGAUCGUCAACGUGCACAGCGCAAGGCUCGCAAAGAGCAGGCUAAACAAAGCUCUGCUGGUGGCUUUCCGGGUGCUGGUAGCUUUCCAGGUGCUGGAGGUUUUCCAGGUGCUGCUGGCUUUCCAGGUGCAGGCGGUUUUCCAGGCGCUGGCGCUUUCCCAGGUGCUGGCGGCGGCAUGCCCGCAGGCUUCGAUAUGGGCGAUUUGAUGUCGAAAAUGAAAGAUCCUGAAGUGGCGGCUGCCAUGCAAGAUAUCCUGGCCAAUCCGGCUAACAUUUCCAAAUACGUUUCGAACCCGAAGAUCUUUAAUUUGGUCAAGAACUUCUUCCCGGGCGGCUUCCCAGGCGGCGAUCCAACCGCUGGCGAUGCUGACAGCGAUGACGCCCCCUUCUGCGAUACCGAGGGCAAGCCCUCCAACAACAGUGAGCCAAAGGCCAAAAAGGAGUCCUCAGACUUUGUAGAUGACGGACUCGAUUAAAUUAGCUGGAAACAGCCAACAGCCUCAGCAGCAACAUAAUUAAUGCAAACAAAAUUACCAAAAAAAAAAAAAAAAAAAAAAA